GGACAAAAUUGGCAAAAUUUCUCAUCUCUCCUGGCGUUUUCUCUCUUCGACAACCACAAGCAAUUCUUCCAAUUGUAAUUCGUAGAACGUCUCAUCGCCGGCGAUCAAACCAAAUGCAGCAAGCUGGAGAUUUCAACGCCCCUCCUUACUAUCACCACCCCAACGACCCCCACCACCACCAUCAACCACCUCCAAUUCAAUAUUACACCGGUCCUGACCCCCCUCAUUCAUCUCCUUCCCCACCAUCCUACGCUUCUGCGCCUCCCUACGCCGCCACAAACUCCUAUUUAUCUCACACUUCCGCCGCCACCGCCGCCGAUUACUCUUCAUCAUAUUCCCAAAAUUACCCUCCUUUUCCACACACUUCCGAUCCUCUCCCUCCCACUGUUCCUCCUCCUCAACCUCACUACGCUCCUCCGCCACCUCAUACUCCGCCGGCGCCACCUGUUAUGCCUGAUUCUCAUGGGCAUUACCCUCCUCCGCCGGCCCAAUUGCAUUUUCCCCCAACGACGCCGUAUUAUCCACCGUAUGAACCCCAACAAUCAGCUCCCCAGAAUUACCCCCCUCCUCCACCUCCACCGACUUACCCUAACCCUAAUUUAAACUCCAACCCUAGUUAUUAUGAGAAAUCUUAUGAUAAUAGCUCGAAAUUCGAUUACGGACCGGGGUAUUUUGACGAGAAUUUAGGGGGAUAUGGGAGUUCCGGGUGUCGAAGGUCCAAUUCGGGAGGUGGCUAUGAUUACAAGGAUGAUGGGGCGUAUGCUUAUGAGGGGAAAUCGGAACCCUAUGGUGCCCGUGGGACAGCGUCGAAGUCGUCCAAUUGGUCUGGGUUAUUUGAUGAUUAUGGGAGGGCGAUCAGCUUUCCUUCUGGUUCCUCAAAGAAGGAGAAGGAAAAGGAAAAGCCUAGCUCUUUGAAGGUUGUGAGGGCAGUGCCCAAGGCAGAGUCGAAUACCGAUGCUAAGAGUGGAGUUCAGAAGUUUAGGGUCAAGCUGUUGCCUGAAAGUGGUGGCCAGAGUAUCAUGGAUGUUCUCUGUAUGGUUGGUUUGGACGGGAUACGCAUGCUUGAUCCUAAUACCAGUCGUACAUUGAGGAUAUACCCACUUGAGAAUGUGACACGAUGUGAUAAAUAUGACUCAUCUACAUUUGCGUUCUGGUCGAAGACUCCUGUUGAUGUGGAGCCUAGACGUAUUAGACUGCAAUCAAAUAGCUAUACUACAAAUACAAUUCUGGACACAGUGACAGCUGCUACCGUGCAGUUCAAGGAGAUGGGUGGGAGGAUCAGGUCUUCUGAGCCACCCAAAGCCAUGGAUCAGUCUGCAGAGAAGAAGAAAGGUUUUGCUGACUGGAUGAACAAGCUAAAACCUGUCAAUGAAGAGAAAGAUCAUUGGGUACCCGAUGAAGCUGUAUCCAAGUGUACAGGAUGUGGAGGAGAUUUUAGUGCCUUCAAUCGUAGGCAUCACUGCCGAAACUGUGGAGAUGUAUUCUGUGACAAAUGUACUCAGGGUAGAACUCCCCUCACUUUGGAAGACAGUGCUCAAGCAGUUCGUGUGUGUGAUCGAUGCAUGGCACAUGUAUCUCAAAGGCUUAGUAUGGCGAAGGAAGCAUCUACCAGACCAAUCUCUUUGCAGAGUCACGAAGAUCUUGCCAAGAAGCUUCAGGAAGAAAUGGAAAAGAACCUGAGAAUUUCAUCAGGUUCAAAGAUAGAAGGUUCUGGUGGUAAGCGGAUGAGAGAAGUUGCAUGUCCUACAUGCACCGUCCAUUUGCAGGUCCAAGUACCAUCUUCUGGUUCAGAAACCAUUGAGUGCGGUGUGUGUCAGCAUCCAUUCCUCGUGAGUGCUCAUUGAUGUCGCAUCGCCUCCUCUUGUCGUAUCAAGUUUUAUAUUUUGUUCAGUUACAUUCAUUGGCUAAGUGUUUAAUAAUUAACGGAUAGCUGGUAGUGUGAUAUCCUCUUCUUUUCUACUCCUCCCCAAGUUCUGGGUCAAGUUCUCUUACUGGGUUUGUAUAUGAGUUUCUGUUGCCCUUUUUUUUGUCUCAGGAAAAGAUCACCAAGGUGUUUUGUCAAAAUCGAGAUUUUCAUGUUUGUGUAUACAAUUCUGUGUUUGUCCUGUAAGUAGGUUCAAGGAUGGAAAGUUGUGUUUUAUCGGGUUUCUCGGCUGGUUGUUGUUGUGUUUGA